AUGGAAGCUGGACCGGCUGGACCGCUGACAGAAGGUGCAGUCCAUCCCGGCUGCGUGUAUCUAGUUGGAGCGGGUCCUGGAUCAGCAAAGCUGCUGACGCUACGAGCACUGGAGGUGUUGCAAUCUUGCGACGUGAUUCUGUACGAUCGGUUAGCUCAGGAGGUCAUAGGUUUGGCAAAGCCGACGGCAGAAGUUCGUUAUGUCGGGAAGGAAACCAACGUCCCCACUGCAGAGAUGAAGGUGCACCAGGACAGCAUCUCGUCUCAGCUGGCCGCAUUGGCAAAGCAAGGGAAGUCAGUGUGCCGCCUGAAGGGAGGAGAUCCCAUGAUCUUCGGCCGAGCAGGCGAGGAAAUGGAGGAGCUGGUAGCAGCUGAAGUUCCUUACGAGGUUGUGCCAGCCGUGACUGCUUGCUUAGCAGCAGGUGCUGAUGCCCGCGUUCCGUUGACGUAUCGUAACUGUGCGACUUCACUUCGGGUUCAGACGAUGAAUCCGUCCACCAUCAAAGACGAGAAGUUCGACUGGUCGCAAUUUGCAGCUCCCAGCGCAACCUUCGCCCUCUACAUGGGGCUCAGUGUGGUGGAGAGUGUCACGCAGAAAAUGAUGGCGGCCGGGGUUUCUGCUGAAACACCUAUGGCGCUCGUGGAUAGAGCCUCGCUUCCGGAGAUGCAGGUUGUGGCGGGCACCGUGGCCACUCUUGCCGCCGCAGUGAAAGAUCGGAAAGACUUGCCAGGCCCAGCUUUGAUCCUGAUGGGUGAGGUCGUGGGCAUGCGAGACCGGCUUGCAGGCAGUCUACCACCUCCCAGCUCGUCGCAGCCUGCUCUGGCUCUUAUACGUUCAACACUGCCGGCACUAGGCGACGACGAGCUGAGGCAACUCCAGCAGCAAGCUGGCGACUUGCUGGCCGCGCGAGCGAAGCGCAAGCUUGAGCAGGCCGGCUAUACCGCGUGA